ACAAUAGAGCACCUGUCAUUGAUUGAUGAUAAAUAACUGUGUCACAUAUUGGUCCUAAAUGUUUGAGGUCUUCUCUCGGGAUAGUUGUCACUACACAAAACACUCAAGGCAGAAAUCGGGUUGCAAAUAAUGGAGAUGUAGGAGAGAUAUGUGGUAAUUCUAACAUUGUAUUGAACUGUACGCUAUCCAGUCCCACAUGGAUCAGAGUAUCAAAGCCAAACAGCUAAACACGGCUCGUCAAUGGCACAGGAAAGUUACGUGACCAAAUGCCUCCAGGAAAUUUUUAACAUGGGACUGAACAACCGUCUUUACUUUUCAUUUAGACUCUCAUGGUAUUGUAACUCGUUGAAAUCCCCCAAGAUCCCCCAUCCAGGUAAAAAGAGGACUCAUCAGACAUAAAAUGUGCAAUCAAGGAAUAUAAUCAUCAUUAAUUGCUAAUUCUCAGCGCUGAUUCAAAAUGACAAUGGAUAUUGCUUCACAGGUCUAUAUUUCUUUAGAGGCAAUCAUUGGAGUGACAGCAAUUAUUGGCAAUGCUUUGGUUUUAAUAGCCAUAUUGAAAUUUCCCAAACUCCAGAACAUUACCAAUUUCUUUAUAGCUAGCUUAGCUAUAGCUGACUUGCUGGUGGGUAUCUUUGUAGCACCUUUAGCUGCUCUUAGCUACUUAGGUCUACCUGAAGAUUAUCUUGGAUGUGUGUUCACCAAUUCCAUUGUUGUUGUAUUGACACAAACUUCCAUAUUCAAUCUGGUGGAUGUAGCCAUAGAGAGAUUCAUUGCCAUAAAAAACCCUUUCUUCUACCAAGAACACAUGACAAAAAGAGUUGCAGUGAUUAUGAUCACUAUCUCCUGGGUGCUUGCUAUUAUCAUUGGACUUGUACCUGUAUUUGGGUGGAAUCUGGGACCAAUGGCAGACAACAAGUGUGCUUUUGUAGCAGUGAUAGACUUCAAUUACAUGGUAUAUUUCAACUUCUUUGGAUUUGUUUUAACUCCACUAAUUAUCAUGUUUGUGAUUUACACCUAUAUUUUUUACAUUGUUCGCCAACAAAUGGCCAAAAUCUCUGCAUUAGAAGUCAUGCAAAAGCCAGAUACACGAAAACUAAAGAGUCGGUUUAAGCGAGAAGUGAAAGCCGCCAAAUCAUUAGCUGUUGUUUUCGGAGUCUUUGCUCUUUGCUGGAUCCCAAUUCACAUUCUGAACUCCAUAUCCCAUUUAUGUAAAACCUGUAGCUAUCCCAUAAACCUUCUACUGGCAGCCAUACUUUUGAGUCACAUCAACUCCACAGUUAACCCUUUCCUGUAUGCCAUUGGAAACAGCCAAUUUCAAGUUGCCUUCAAAAGGAUGUUCUGUGGCAAGUCCACUGCAGGUUUCUUAGACGAUGAUUUUACUACAGUUUCCAGGGCAAGAUCCAAAGGUCAUAAAAGAAGUGUUGACAAGCCAUCACCAGUUCACAUGCCAAAUAACCAAUAUGUUAAUAAAGGUUUCACGGGAUCUAACAGCAAUAUACAACAGUCUUCACAGAAUGGCCAAGUUUUUCAUAUAGCUACAUGACACAAAACACUUUUCUUGAAAUUAUUUGAUAAAUCUGUAGUAUUGUAUAUACUAUAUACAGGGAAAUUUUUGCCCCCAAUUUAUUUUCAACCCUUUUGCCCUCAUUGCAAGAUAGCAAAUUAAAAAUGGGGUGAAUUCAAAGAAGACAGCAUUAUUUCAGAAACAAAACUGUGUCUGGGCAAAUUUAAAAAUGGGGCAAAAUUGUUUCCAAGUAUGUAAGAGCA